AUGAUGAUGCUUCCAUUUUCAGUAACCAUUGAUGUGACCUACAACCCUCCAUCUGACUUCAAUCUGCCCAGUCCACCAUACUAUCGACCCGCCACAUCAGUAACUCUCACCUGUCGUGCUCACCAUCCCACUGGAUCAGUCAGUUAUCAGUGGUCCUCGACUUGUAGCAGCUGUUUUGCAAGAAGCAGCUCAUCUCAAUCAAUCACCAAGACCACAUUGCAGUCGAUUGAUGCGGGAGUACACAUGUGUACAGCAACCGAUGGCAGUGGAAAUACUGGAAGCAAUACAACGGAAAUGAUGAUGAUGGGAAGUGGAAUGUAUGUACAGGGAAGCUAUUACAUUAGGGACAGAGAAGUUGCAAACAACAGCUUCAUUUUGAGGGGGACCUCGUCUACAACUUGCAUCAAUGUUUACUGCUACUCAAACUCCACUUCGGGGGGAACUGGAUACUUCAAACUUUCGGAUGGAGUGAGGCAAUACUCUACCUCAAAUUACAACUACUACAGAAUUGGACAACUCAGCAACACUGGUGUUAGUAUUGCACGCUAUUCAAGCAGCUACUACCCACAAAUAUUCGGUAUAUUUACCUGUGAAGUGCCAGACAGUAGAGGCAUUACUGUUGAAACCAGCAUCGGGAUAUACUCUUCAAUGCCCAGUCCACCAUCUGUGUACAGCAUUAGUUACAGUGAGCGUCACCAGUCUAGUAACGAUGGUGUACUAGGAACAGUCGAUUAUCUGAGCCAGAACUCCCCACCUACUAAUGUGACGUGGACAAGAGACGGGUCAACUAUUGAGGUGGAUGGGGAGGGAUACGAAAUGAUGCAAAUGGUGACAGAGCGUCAGUCGUAUUCCAGAUACAGAAACACUCACUCAUCAAGGAUGCUGCCGAGCUUGCCGGGAACCAUAGUUUUUGCUGCAGGGUCUCUAAUGCUGCCGGUACCACUUAUCAGUGUGUUGCCACAUCAUGGACAGGUUCGCUUAGGAACUGAAGGCACACCUACUAAUAAUUUGACUUUCUUUCCUCUGUUUGAUUCAGCUCAUCCCGAUGUACAUAUAGUUACAUAUGGGAAGAAUGUCCACUCUGAGACAUUUGAAGUCACCUGCAGAGCUAGCCUCCAGCCAGCGGUUGCUGCUCACCUCAACCACUAUAUGACAGUAGACUGGAUUGGAGCAGACGGACAGAUCAUUAAUGAAGAACAUGACGACAUCACUGUCAACGACCAGAGCACUGUCUCCAAUGAUGUCACAAGAUCCCUUGUCUUUGACCCUCUGAAGAUGGCCCAUGGAGGUAGCUAUGUGUGCAGGGCUAAACUGACGUUGCCUGGCUCAGCCGGUGUAUUCCAGAAUGUGGGCGAAUAUCAACUAAGCGUUUUGAACAUGACUUUUAUUCAACUAAAGUUUGGCCCAGUUCCCCAUUGCUCAACGUGGUAUGAAGACAAGCAUAUGUCAAGACAUCUGGAGCUGGAUGUCAAGCAGACACUAACCAAUCUCAUCAACAAGAAUUGCAGUUGUGACUUCAAAAUCUCUGAGAUUGAUCUGGGAGAGUUCAGCUGUCGCUCCAUUGAAAAGGGCUACGUUCUAUACAGGGCAAGGCUAACUGGAAGGAGUGAUACUCAGAACAUACAUUCACUGCUGGAGGUGAUCAAGGACUGGAUGGCCAAUGACGGGACAUUCCUGUACACCUAUCAUGGGAACAUGAGACUGGGACUGGACCAAGACUGUCCUCUGGAGAUUGCCUCCUUCUCCCAGCCAGAGUUUGGGAAGCAAAAUACUGGACCACAAUAGACUGGUUGACUGUUAACAAUGAUACAUUAUACCUGUGUGCCAAGUUUUGCAGUACUAGCUAAUUCUUAUCCAGUUGCACUUGGCAGAAUAGGUUGUUGACUGUUGUUAUGAAAUAUGUAUAGUGUGAGAAUUGAGUGGCUUGUCAUUAUCAACACAA